GACAUCUUUGAAAAUCUAAUAAGUUUUGCAGUUACUCUUAUCCAUAAAUGUUAUUUAAAAUACAAUACUUUAAAGUAAAGUAAUCAUGUCCAAGCCCACAAGUUUAAAGGACGCCUUGGCCAAAUGGGAGGAUCGCAACAAACAGCCGGCAACCUCAGCCACAGAUAUAGGUCUGCAGUUUCAGUAUCCACCGAUUGAGAAAAUGGAUCCGAUCCUCAGCAGUCUCACCGAGUGCCAGAAGCUCAGUUUGUCCUCGAACAUGAUCGAAAAGAUCAGCGGCAUAUCUGGAAUGAAGAACUUGAAGGUAUUGAGCUUGGCUCGCAAUAAUCUGAAGACUUUGAAUGGCAUUGAACCACUGGCUGAAACUUUGGAGGAGCUGUGGGUCAGCUACAACAACAUCGAGAAGAUCAAGCCCAUCGAAGUGAUGAAGGCCUUGCGUGUGUUCUACGUGUCCAAUAAUGUGAUCAAGGACUGGGCGGAGUUUAUGCGCAUAGCUCUUCCACCAAACCUGACCGAAAUCACUUUCCUGGGCAAUAUACUGAGCGAUAAUAUGGAACCGGCUGCCUUUGUAGCAGAGGCAGUGCGUCGCCUCCCCAACCUGAAGAAACUCGACGGGGAGCCGGUAAUUCGUUAGGAAAAACACAGUUUUGUUAUGUUAAAAAUAAAGGCAGGCAGAAGUCGAACCAAACUUUUGACCUUAGUGUUUGGUUAAAUCACUGCCAACAAUACAUGACCAGAUUCAAGGA